CUUCGCCGCUCCUCCGUGGUUUCUUGGUUUUCCAGUUGGAAACAGCCAAACCUAAUUCCUCUUUGACUGAGUUUUGUGUUCUGCCAAUGGCUAUGGAUGGAGAACAGUCCCACAAAUCUCAUAGGUCACGUCAAUCAGGUCCUACAGCCAAGAAAAAAUCAAAGUCUGAUAAGAAAAAGAAAGGUGUUUCCGACGAAAACAAUAAGCAACAUAAUCCUAAGGCAUUUGCAUUUAAUUCCACGGUGAAAGCAAAGAAAUUGCAAGCACGAGCUACAGAGAAGGAGCAGAAGAGGCUUCAUGUCCCAACAAUUGAUCGGUCUACUGGAGAACCAGCUCCAUAUGUAAUUGUAGUGCAAGGACCUCCCAAGGUUGGGAAGUCUCUGCUAAUUAAGUCUCUUGUAAAGCACUAUACAAAGCAAAAUUUACCUGAAGUUCGAGGUCCCAUCACUAUAGUGUCAGGUAAGCGGAGACGUUUGCAGUUUAUAGAGUGUCCGAAUGAUAUCAAUGGAAUGAUUGAUGUGGCAAAGUUUGCGGAUUUGGCAUUGCUUCUCAUUGACGGUAGCUAUGGCUUUGAAAUGGAGACCUUUGAAUUCCUUAAUAUAUUGCAAAAUCAUGGAUUCCCUAAAGUUAUGGGCGUUCUUACACAUCUUGACCAGUUCAAGGAUGUUAAGAAGCUUAGAAAGACGAAGCAACGGUUAAAGCAUAGAUUUUGGACUGAGAUAUAUGAUGGAGCUAAAUUAUUCUAUUUGUCUGGUCUUAUCCAUGGGAAGUACUCUAAACGUGAAGUGCAUAAUCUUGCGCGGUUUAUCUCUGUCAUGAAGUUUCCUCCUUUAUCCUGGCGCAUGUCCCACCCUUACAUUGUUGUAGAUCGUUUUGAAGAUGUCACUCCUCCUGAAAAAGUGCGCAUGGACAACAAGUGUGACAGAAAUGUCAUUUUGUACGGUUAUCUUCGUGGAUGUAAUAUGAUGAAAGGAGCAAAGGUGCAUAUUGCUGGUGUUGGUGAUUAUAGUUUGGCUGGUAUAACAGCAUUACCUGAUCCAUGCCCUCUACCAUCUGCUGCCAAGAAGAAGGGACUAAGGGACAAGGAAAAGCUGUUUUAUGCCCCCAUGUCUGGAUUGGGCGAUCUUCUCUACGAUAAGGAUGCUGUGUAUAUAAACAUAAAUGAUCACUUUGUCCAGUUCUCUAAGGUUGAUGAAGCAGCUGCCGUUAGGGCUCGCAAAGGGAAGGGCAAUGAUGUUGGAGAGGCUUUAGUUAAAUCACUUCAGAACACAAAAUAUUCAAUUGAUGAGAAGUUAGAAAAUAGUUUUAUUUCCCUUUUUGGGAAAAAACAUAAUCCAUCCUCAGCAAAUCCUGCUAAAGCUGAUCAAACUUAUGGUUUGGAGCCUGCGGAGCGAGAUCAGUCUGGGUUAGAACUCAACAGCGAUGGAUCAGAUGAAGACAGUGAUGCUGAAGAUUUGAAUGAGUCGGAACCACUACAGUUAGACCGAACUCAUCCUAGGGAUUCAAAGAAGAACACCUCUGAUGAAAGUUCUGAGGAAGAAGAUACUAUUGGAUCAAAGAAGCACCCAGAAUCUAGUAAUAGUUUCAGGGAACAUGUUGAUUUCCAUGAUGGAAGGAUGAGAAGAAAAGCUAUCUUUGAUAAUGAUAAUGAUUUUGAUGAAAAGGUAAGCGAUUAUAGUGAAGAAGAUGGCGAAGAGGAUGCACAGGAUGAGGAAGUGCAAGAUGCUGAUUUUGAGGACACUGAUGAGGAAAAUGAUUUCGAUGCAGAUGUAGGAGAGGAUACGGGCAAUGCUUCAAGAUGGAAAGAGUUCCUGUUAGAAAGGACACGUGAGCGCCAAAAUGUUAAUCUUAUGCAGCUUGUAUACGGGGAAUCUGAAUCCAAGUCAACUACUAAAGCUGACUUGCAGCAGCAUGGCACUGAAAACGAUGAAAGUGAUACCGAGUUCUUUGUGCCAAAAGGGGAAGGAACUAAGAAACCAGAAGAGCGGAUGGAUGAUGAUAAUAUUGAUGCCGAGGACUGCUCCAAAUUUGUAAAUUUUGCUAGUCAAAUUGACUGGAAGAAUCAAGAAUCAAUUGAAAGUAUCCGUAUCCGUUUUGUCAGCAAAGGCUGGUCCAAAGCGGCUCGUGGAGGUGGCUCAAGAGAUGUCGAUGGCAAUGAUGAUGUUGGGGAGGAGGGCGAAGAUCUGUUUGGUGAUUUUGAAGACUUGGAAUCAGGUCAGAAGUAUGAGAGCCAUGAGAUAGGUGAUGCUGGAACUGAUGAUAUGAUCCGCAAGGAUGAUGAAUCAGCAGCUGAGGAGCGGAGGCUAAGGAAAUUGGCACUUCGAGCAAAAUUUGAUUCUCAAUAUGGUGGGUCUGAUUCCUCCAAUGAGGAUGAGGCUAUCAAACCAGACACAAAGUCUCAUCGGGGUCAAGCUGAUGGAAGUGGGUACUAUGAUAAGUUGAAGGAAGAGGUAGAGCUUCAGAAACAAGUUAAUUUAGCAGCACUAAAUGAACUUGAUGAGGACACUCGGAUAGAGAUAGAAGGUUUCAGAACAGGAACUUAUGUUAGACUAGAAGUUCAUGGCGUCCCUUCUGAAAUGGUUGAAUAUUUUGAUCCUUGCCAUCCGAUUCUUGUUGGAGGUCUAGCACUUGGAGAAGAAAAUGUUGGAUACAUGCAGGUUCGGUUGAAGCGGCACAGGUGGCACAAGAAAGUGCUGAAGACUAGGGAUCCAAUUAUUGUUUCUAUUGGUUGGAGGCGCUACCAAACUGUACCUAUUUAUGCUAUUGAGGAUCAAAAUGGUCGUCAUCGUAUGCUCAAGUACACUCCUGAACACAUGCAUUGUCUGGCAAUGUUUUGGGGUCCCCUUGUGCCUCCACACACGGGAAUGAUCGCUGUCCAGAACUUGUCAAACAAUCAGGCAUCCUUUAGAAUCACUGCCACUGCAACUGUGCUAGAGUUCAACCAUGCAGCCCGAAUAGUCAAAAAGAUCAAGUUAGUUGGUCACCCAUGUAAGAUAUUCAAGAAGACAGCACUUAUCAAGGACAUGUUCACUUCAGAUCUUGAAAUAGCUAGGUUUGAAGGUGCAGCUGUUCGAACUGUUAGUGGAAUUCGCGGGCAAGUGAAAAAGGCUGCUAAAGAAGAGAUCGGUAACCUUCCCAAGAAGAAGGGUGGGAGUGCCAAAGAAGGCAUUGCUAGAUGCACGUUUGAGGAUAAGAUCCUUAUGAGUGACAUUGUUUUCUUGCGUGCUUGGACUCAAGUUGAAGUUCCCAGCUUCUACAAUCCGUUGACAACAGCAUUACAGCCACGCGACAAAACUUGGCAAGGAAUGAAAACAGUUGCUGAAUUAAGGAGAGAACAUAAUCUGCCAGUGCCCGUCAACAAGGAUUCAUUAUAUAAGCCAAUUGAGCGAAAGCUGAAAAAGUUCAACCCCUUGGUAAUUCCCAAGCAACUACAGAAAGGUCUCCCCUUCAAAUCUAAGCCCAAGGAUACUCCAGCUCGGAAGCGACCACUUCUGGAAGAUAAGAGGGCUGUGGUGAUGGAACCUCAUGAGCGUAAAGUGCUUGCUAAUAUUCAACAUCUUAGACUUAUUCAGCAUGAGAAGAUGAAAAAGCGCAAGCUCAAAGAUGACGAGAAGAAGAAAGCACUUGAAGCAGAAAGGACCAAGGAAGAGCAACUCUCAAAGAAGCGACAGAGAGAAGAGAGACGAGAAAGGUACCGCGUGCAGGAUAAAAUGAAGAAGAAAAUCCGCAGGGAAUAACUGGGUCUUAGUUCUUCAUAGACAACGCCUGAAACAGUUUGUCCACCCAGAUAAUCGGGUCAAUCUUGCUGGAAGAACUGAGAGCUUGGUUGACUGCCAAACUUGGCUCCAUAUCAUAUAAAUCUGCAGCAUCAGAGACGAAGUGUUGUCAUCAGCUAGCAACAAAGUGAGACUUUAACGUGUUUGACCAACCACUGGAUCUUUUGUUAUCCUUGGACCUCAGCCUCACGGUGUACCAUGGUAGAUACAUUCUGAAAAUGGAAAUAUUGGCCAAAUUUUUGUAGUUUAGGGAAGUGAUAAUAUAUCAUUGUAAUUCUAUACAAGAUGUAAUAGUGGCAUGAAUAUGCAAUGCACUGCUUAAAUAGCGGCAUGAAUAUGCAAUGCAGUGCUUAUUCUGUUUUUUCUAUUCUCUCUUCUUCAAUGUAUGUGAAGUGGCAGCUUAGUGCUUUUGUUUAUUGGCUUCUCCUUAUGUAGAUGGAGAACUGUUUGCUAUUCUACAAUAUUAAAAAAAGAAUUCUAAAU